AUGAAGACCGCUGUCCUUGCCUCUCUUGUUGCCACCGCUGCAGCCUUUGCCCCUUCCUCCAACCAAGCCGCACGAGGAUCAGUAGCUGUCCAAGAGUCCAAGGCAGACCUUGAGGCCAUGGCUAAGAAGCUUAACCCUGUUCUUGGCUUCUGGGAUCCUUUGAACCUUGCGGAGGCUGAAUUCUGGGGAGCAAGCAACGAAGCCACCAUCGGUUUCUUGCGUCAUGCCGAGAUCAAGCACGGACGCGUUGCUAUGUUCGCCUUUGUUGGAUACAUUGUCCAUGCCAACGGAGUGAAGUUCCCAUGGGCCAUGCAAAUGGACGGAACUCCCUUCCCAACUGGGACCAACCCACCUGCUCUUUGGGAUGCAGUCAGCGAAGAUGCCAAGUGGCAAAUCUUCUCGUUGAUCGCUUUCCUUGAAUUCUGGAGCGAACUUUCCACCCCUGACCACAAACAUUACAUGGCUGGAGGAAAGCCAGGUGACUUCCCUGACUUCAAGAGUGGUCCCGAUGGACUCCCACACCCUGUCCCAUUCAACUUAUACGAUCCAUUUAAGUUAAGCAAAAAUAUGAGCGAGGAAAAGAAAGAGAGACGUCUUCUAGCCGAACUCAACAACGGACGAUUGGCACAGUUGGGAAUUUUCGGUUUCUUGUGCGAACAAACCAUCCCAGGAUCUGUCCCUAUUCUUAGUGGAGUCGUCCCGCCUUACUCUGGAGAGGUUAUGGCACCAUUUACAACCAAUUACCUUGGACAACCCUUCGGAAUGUAA